AUGCUCUUUGCCCUCCUUCUCAUUUCCCUGCCUUCAACACUCGCGCUCCCGCUUUUCGGCGGCCUUUUCGGCUCGUCCUCCUCCAAAGCUCCCGCCCCGCCCCCACCGACACCGCUGUCCGUGUCGUCUGCAAGCGACGCCUUCCUCCGCCCGGGCCAGUUCGCCCGCGCAGCCUACUGCUCAUCGGCGUCCCUCGCUGCGUGGAGCUGUGGCGCGCCAUGCGAAGCGAUUAAGGGUGUGACGUUCUUGCAGAGCGGCGGAGAUGAAGGCGCGAUUCCGCUCUAUUAUAUUGCGCAUUCGGCGGAGGACGACGCGAUUGUAGUAGCUCAUGAGGGGACCGAUCCCAAGAAACUACUUUCGAUCCUCAAUGAUGCACAAUUCGGCCUGGUCCCGCUCAACGCGUCUCGCUUCCCAGACACCGAAGACCAGAACAUCACAGUGCACGAGGGCUUCCAAAAGACCUUCGAGCGGACCGCAGACGGCCUGCUCGCCGGCGUCAUGUCCGGGCUGUCCGCAACCGGCGCCAGCAAGGUUCUGGUCACGGGCCACUCCCUCGGCGCGGCGCUCUCGUCGCUUACCGGCGCCCUGAUCAAGACCACGCUGGCGGCGUCCCCCGACCCGGCGCUCGCCGCGGUCCCCGUGACCGUCGUCGGGUUCGGGCAGCCGCGCGGGGGCAACCCCGCCUUCGCGUCCUUCCUCGAGGGCCUCUUCCCCUCGUCAGCGCCAUCGCCCGACCUCGCCACCGACGCGAUGGGCUUUGUCACGAACCAGCACGACCCCGUCCCGGUGGUGCCCCCGCUCUUCCUCGGGUUCGUGCACACGCAGGGCGAGGUGCACGUCGUCGACGAUAGCGGGGACAACCUGCUCGCGUGUCCCGGGCGGGACAACACCGGGUGUGUGACCGGCAACGGGCUGCUGGCGACGAGCGUGCAGGACCAUUUGGGCCCGUACUUUGCUGGGCUCACGUUUGGCGGGAAGGAGUGUACGGACUGA